CAGCGCCCUCGCCUGCGCCCUCGGCCCCGCGGGUGGCCAGGCAACCAACCUGCUGUGGGAGGAGGAAUGUUACCAUCUGCGGAUGAUCGAGGUGCAGCACAAGAGGUGCCUGGAGGAAGCCCAGCUGGAGAAUGACACAGCAGGCUGCAGCAAGAUGUGGGACAACCUCACCUGCUGGCCAGCCACCCCUCCGGGCCAGGUGGUCGUCUUGGCCUGCCCCCUCAUCUUUAACUUACUUUCCCCAGCUCAAGCUCAAGGCCGCAACGUGAGCCGUAGCUGCACCCACGAGGGCUGGACGCACCUGGAGCCUGGCCCCUACCCCGUUGCCUGUGGCUGGGAUGACAAGGCAUCAGAUUUGGACCAGCAGCAGUCCAUGUUCUACAAUUUCGUGAAGACCAGCUACACCAUUGGCCACAGCCUGUCCCUCGCUGCCCUUCUCGUUGCCACAGCCAUCUUGAGCCUGUUCAGGAAGCUCCACUGCACGCGGAACUACAUCCACAUGCACCUCUUCAUGUCCUUCAUCCUGAGGGCCGCCUCUGUCUUCAUCAAAGACUUGACCCUCUUCGACAGCGAGGAGUUGAACCAUUGCACCAUGGGCUCGGUGGGCUGUAAGGCAGCCAUGGUCUUAUUCCAGUACUGUGUCAUGGCCAACUUCUUCUGGCUGCUGGUGGAGGGCCUCUACCUGCACACCCUGCUUGCCGUCUCCUUCUUCUCUGAGCGGAAGUACUUCUGGGGGUACUUACUCAUCGGCUGGGGGGUGCCCAGCACAUUCACCAUUAUCUGGACCAUCAUCAUGAUCCAUUUUGAAGAUUAUGGAUGCUGGGACACCAUCAACUCCUCAUUGUGGUGGAUCAUAAAGGCCCCCAUCCUCACCUCCAUCUUGGUGAACUUUAUCCUGUUUAUUCGCAUCAUCCGAAUCCUGGUUCAGAAACUUCGGUCCCCAGAUGUUGGGAAGAGUGACAGCAGCCCGUACUCGAGGCUGGCCAAGUCCACCCUUCUGCUGAUCCCCCUGUUUGGAGUGCACUACUUCAUGUUCGUCUUCUUUCCCCACAACUUCAAAGCUGAAGUGAAAAUGGUCUUUGAGCUCGUCGUGGGGUCUUUCCAGGGUUUUGUGGUGGCCAUCCUCUACUGCUUCCUCAAUGGCGAGGUACAGGCGGAGCUGCGGCGGAAGUGGCGGCGCUGGCACCUGAAGGGCAUCUUGGGCUCGAACCUCAAAUACCAGCACCCCUCGGGAGGCAGCAGCGGGGCCACGUGCAGCACGCAGGUGUCCAUGCUGACCCGCGUCAGCCCCGGCGCGCGCCGUUCCUCCAGCUUCCAGGCCGAAGUUUCCCUGGUCUGACCGCCCGGCGCCCAGGGGCCCAGGGCGGCCCCUCCCGGCCGCACCACCCACCCCC